GUGUCAGUUGUUGUUUUUCUGCUGUGCGUGCAGGUAUCAGUACCCCUCCAUGGAUCAGCUGGCUGAGAUGCUGCCAUCUGUCCUCACUCAGCUUCAGGUGAAGAGCGUCAUCGGUAUCGGAGUCGGGGCUGGAGCCAACGUCCUCACUAAACUAGCUAUGAAUGAGCCCAGUCUGGUGGAAGGUUUGGUUCUGAUCAACGUCAACCCCUGCGCUAAAGGCUGGGUGGACUGGGCCGCCUCUAAG